GUCGGUGUCUGCCGGCAAGUCAGCGUUUAUCGCGCGGUUGCGUAAUGACGAAAUACGAGUAGUUUUGCAAAGGACCCCUUUCGCCAAAGCAGAGAUAUGAAUUACAGAUCGCUGGCCACGCACAAUGCCGCCUGUAACGAGAUAUUUUACCGAUUUCAGGACUGCGAGAAUGAGCAUCCGUACCGAAGGUUUCUGGGCUACUGCGAGCACAUCCAGCGGGAGAUGCACGAAUGCAUAAAGAAACAACGAGAGAUUCGCAGGGCGGAAAGCGCGCAACUCCGACGUAAGAGGUUAGAGACGGGGAAACCGGCGCAGCAAGAAACUAGCGAUUAGUCGUCGCGCACGAAUAGUUCUCAA